CUGCCUCCAGGCUGCGCCGCCGCUCCGCCGGCCGUUGGGUUUCCGCCUCAAUCUGCCGUUGUCCCUCGGGCGGGCGGUGCGCAGCGGGAAAUGAGCAGCGGCGGAUCGGCGGGAGCGGACUGAGCGAGGAGGAGCGGAGCGGAGCCGGGGGGGGGCGGUCAGCAUGGCGGAGGCGGAGGGGCCGGCUCCGGGCCUGGCCGUGGUCCCGGGCGCCGGGAUUGCGGUGGUGGGGGCCGGGCCGGGGUCUGGGCCGGGAGCGGCGCCGUUUCUUCCCCGCUCCCUGGAGCGGGCCCUGGUGGAGGCGGCAGGCUCCGGGAUCCUCGCCCUGAGCGGCCGCAAACUGAAGGAGUUCCCGAGGAGCGCGGCCGCGCUGGACCUCAGCGACACGGUGGAGGCAGAUCUGUCAAAGAACAGACUGAGUGAAAUUCCACUGGAAAUAUGCCACUUUGUCUCCUUGGAGAUGUUAAACUUGUAUCACAAUUGCAUCAAAGUCAUUCCAGACUCAGUCAUCAAUCUGCAAACACUGACCAACUUAAACUUGAGUCGAAAUCAACUCUCGACAUUACCAUUGUGCCUCUGUGCUCUUCCUCUUAAAGUCUUGAUAGCCAGUAACAAUAAAUUAGUGUCGCUUCCAGAAGACAUUGGACAGUUGAAAUAUUUAAUGGAACUGGAUGUGAGCUGCAAUGAAAUUACAAGUUUGCCACAGCAGAUCGGACAACUUCAGUCACUCAGAGAGUUGAACGUAAGGCGAAAUUACCUGCAGAUUUUGCCAGAAGAGUUAGCAAACCUCCCACUUGUGAAGUUAAACUUUUCCUGCAAUAAGGUUGUGUCAAUACCAAUCUGUUACAGGAAUAUGAGACACUUGCAAAUAAUAGAAAUGGAUAAUAAUCCACUGCAGUCUCCACCAGCACAGAUCUGCAUGAAAGGCAAAGUACACAUAUUCAAAUACUUGAAUAUAGAGGCGUGCAGAAUUGACAAGAAUGCAGAAUCCCUUUAUCAGCAACCCAUAGAGAAGGUUCGUGUGCCACAGCCUGUCGGAGGGAGCAUUGAAGACGUUUAUCCUGACAAAAAGCAAGAUUUUGACUCCGGAAUUGGGAGUGACAAUGGUGACAAACGCCUGUCAGCGACUGAACCCUCAGAUGAAGAUACAGGCAGUCUGACCCUUCAAAUGGCACAUAUCUCUGAAGAAAAUCAUUUGAAUAAGCAGGAGGAGUAUUUGAAUGUUAGAUCAAUGAAAGUGGAACCAGAUCAGGAGUCGAAGGAGCUGCUGCAAAAUAAUUUAGAAGUGAAAGACAGGUUGUCUGACAGGGAUGAUGGCUUGAGUUCUGAGUUUAGGACUUACAUAAAGGAAAGGGUGAUGGAACCUGAAGAACCACUGCGAAUUGAGGAAGAUGCAACUUGGACGUUAGAGCAUAUACAAAACACCAAUCAGCAUCUGGGCACAGAAUCAGAAGCGGCAGAAAACACUAGUUGGCCAGAAAGCACACUCCAGGAGCAGCAGAGGUUCAAUCUGAACUCUGUGGAUAGUAGUGAAGUGCAUCUGUAUCCUUUACAUACGGAAACAAUAGUCCUUCCAGAACUUAAAACAUCUGCAGUAAAUGGGCAGACACCAAAAAUCCAUUCCUCAUCAAAGUUCUCCAGUUACCAGGCUCUUGCUCCAUUUUGUGUAGAUGAGGAUUCUUCAUCUGAGACUGAAAGUUCUGCAUUGGAGCUAGAGUUUCAGAGGAAGCGAGAAGUUAUGCUGGAGAGAGCAAGACAUGAAGCUCAGGUGGCAUCAUCGCAGCGAUUGGAAUGGCAUAAGUCGAAGCAGACUACUAAUGAGAAUCUGGAGAGGAGUGAUUCUCAAAAUGAGGAUGAAGACAAGACUCCUACAGUAACUCCCACAAUGUCUCCUGUAGCAUCUCCCACUGCUCCCUUUGGACUGAAACCACGGUCUGUCCAAGCCAACUCUCCUUCUUUGGACUCCCUUCCUCCCUCCUUCAGAGAGUUGACACAGACACACAUAGAGGAACGCAGUACCGUCACUACCCCUCAGGAAGAAGACAGAAGUCAUGUUUUCUUUCGGUCUGUACGGAAUUUUGAAUCCAUGGAUCCUCAAUUUACAAUCCGUAGGAAAAUGGAACAAAUGAGAGAGGAGAAAGAGCAUAUUGAACAGCUCCGGGAGAAUAUUGAAACAAGACUCAAGGUUACUUUGCCAGAAGAGAUUGGAACAGCUCUGAUGGAUGGAGUAGUCCUCUGUCAUUUAGUCAAUCACAUCCGUCCACGUUCUGUGCUCAGUAUACAUGUACCAUCACCGGCAGUGCCUAAACUGAGCAUGGCAAAAUGUAGGAGAAAUGUGGAAAACUUUCUAGAAGCCUGCAGGAAAAUGGGAGUGGCUGAGGAAAAAUUAUGUCUGCCUCAUCACAUACUAGAAGGAAAAGGGUUGAUGAAAGUAAGUAUGACCGUUCAAGCACUGCUAGACUGGGCCAUAACCAGAUCCCCGUUAUUUUCGUGAAUUCAGAGUUGCAUUGCCGCUGGCCCCAGAACACCCAACGAGUGCCAUAAGCUGAAGGCCCAGAGUGGGGACAAGAUGUACAAGAAAAGGAUACUUUUCAUCACUUGACAGGUGGAUCCAACUUACGUCCAUUAAGACACUAGCAUCAUUUGUUUUGAAAAUAUAAUGGGAAGCUACAUAUGUUAGAGUAUUUAAUCAGUAUGUUAACUUUGCAGAUAUUUACAGCUUUGCAGCAGUGAGGCAAAGCCAACAUUUUAAGUAUGCUUUAAUAUAUUAAAAAAACUUCCUUUUUGGUGUGCUAAUUUGUUUAGUUGCUAUGAUAUUCCAAUGGCUUUUAAGACACAUUGUGAGAAAGUUUAGAACAUUUUCUUAAGUUAUUUAUAUUAUUUAUUCAGGAGGUAUUUUACCUAUCCAUUUGGAUGAAGUUGUAAAUUUGACAGACUUACAGCUAAAACUGCUUUUUUUUAGAAAAGAUAAUAGGAACAAUUUUAUUGUAUGGCAACAAUCAGUGCAUUUUAGUUGAAACUUAGUUUCACCUGUUAUGUGAUCCCUUCCCGAAAUGUGCUGGUGAUCUUUAUUUAUGUAAAAUGAUUUACUGACAGGGGCUGAAUGGUCACUUAUCUGAAUCAAUAUAUGAAAAGCUAAUCUGGAUUGUGUCUCAGGUUGGUCACUGCUACACAGUAGAAUUGCCAGUGGAUAGUUCAGUACAGUUUACAAAAAAAAACUGACACUGUCUCUCUCAGUUGAUAAUUGACAUCUUCUGUGUGCUUUAUUCCAUUAGUACAUUCCAGAUUAUAUAAUCUUUGACUGUUUAGACUAGAUAAUUGAUUUGAGCUGAAGCUAAUUUGAUUUAAAUUUUCCAAAGGGAUAUGCAAAAUGAAGAGUAAUCCUCAUUCAGAUGAGUAGCAUUGAUUAGAAAAGAGUUGUUAUCAAAUAACAAGUUCCCAUGUGCUCAGAUUGAAUGAAGGGUUUUAUGGUCAAUGACCCUGUUGCUGCCAUAUUUGUGAUUGACCUGGCAUGAUUUAGUAAUUAACUUGCUUAAGAUGUUUCACACAAAGAAGUUAGAUUACACUAUUGAAAGAUUAAUACUAGAGUAUUAAAUAUUGAUAUGAUACCAAAACCACAGCCUAAAUUAGAAGUGCUAUUAAAAGACCAUGGUCUGUUAUGGGUAUGUAAGAUUUAGUUCCCUACAUCAUGCUGCACAGUUCAAUGCAAUUCUCCCAUUCCCAGUGUACUUGCUGGUCAGUGGAGUAUGUAAAUGCACGUUCAGUUAAUGCUGUCAAUCUAGCAAGUGUCAACAAGUGAUUUAUUAGCCAAACCUUAAUGUUCAUAAUUAAAUUACCUUGAUGCCCUGUUGCCAAAAUAGGGACCACUACAAGCUAUGCUAGUGCCCAGGGAGUCAUGCCUAAGUCAUAUUGCCUUCAAAAGAUGUCAAGUUGUGAGCACUUUGUCUGCCAGUCUUUUUAAAUUGAUUUAAAAUUGUUUUAUGGACUGCAGAAUACACUACAAAUAACAUUUGUCAAACUCUCUUACUGCUUGUAGGUAAAGUGAAUGAAACUUUGUGUCAUUGGCAGCCAAGUUAAUUAGAUUUGCUAACCCCCAAAAGUGGAUUACAUUUCAAUAUAAAAGAAAAUAGUUGGUAAAAAGAGCUGGCUAAAUGAACACUGUUUCAACAUUAAACUUUUUCAAAGAGAGAAAAGUUUCUUGGUUAAAAUGAACUAGUCACUAAUUUGCAUUGCUAUGUAAAUGGAAAGGAACUAGAUAUUGGACAAUUGUGAAGAUACAGGUUAAGGAACAGGAGCAGGGAACUUGUAGUUGCAUACUUUCCACCUGAUCCUGAAGAGAAAUAAAUAUGCAGAACUCUGAAGAGAAGCCAGGGGCAUGGAGCAACCUGAGUUCCUCUUGCAGAGAACCAGCUGACUGAAUGGUCUUUCUGUGCUGAUGAGCUCAGAGUAACUUGGCUUGAAUUCAAGGCCACAUUUGACUGAGUGUGGAAUCAAGGAACUCUAGCGAAACCAAUCAGUGGGAAUCAGGGAAAACUUCCCAUUAGUCGGAGUCAUACCUGGCACAAAGGAAGAUUAUUGUGGUUUUUGGCGAUCAGUCAUCUCAGCUCCAGGCUAUCGCUGCAGGAGUUCCUCAGGAUGUUGUUGUAGAUCCAGCCAUCUUCAGUGUUUCAUCAAUUUCUUUCCUCCCAUUGCAAAGUAAACAAAAAAAUUCAUGCCCAAAUGCAGCAAGACCUGGACAAUAUCCAGGUUUGGGCUGACAAGUGGCAAAUAACAUUCACGCCACACAAAUUCAAGGCAGUAACAAUCUCCAAGAGAGAAUUUCACUAUUGAUCCUUAACCUUCAAUAGCAUUACUAUCUCAGAAUCCCCACUAUUAACAUCCUGGGUUUACCAUUGGCCAGAAAUAUAAUUGGACCAACCAUGUAAAUACAGUGGCUAUAAGAGCAGGUCAGAGGUUGGGAAUCCUGCAGUGAGUAAUUCAUCUCCCUCACUCUCCAAAGUCCAGUUCACCAUCUACAAGGCACAAAUCAGAAGUGUGAUGGAAUAUUCCCCACUUGCCUGGAUGAGAGUAGCUGGAGGAAAACUGACACCAUCCAGGACAAUACUGCCCACUUGACUAGCACCACAUCACCAGCAUUCACGCCCUCCACCACUGAUGUUCAGUAGCAGCAGCGUGUACUUUCAACAAGAUACACUGCAAAAAUUCACCAGAUAUCCUCAUCACCUUCCAAAUGCCCAAAAUCUAGAAGAGCAGGGGCAGCUGACAUGUGGGACAUGAUUCCCUGCAAGUUCCCCUCCAAGAGACCGACCAAGCCACUUGAAAAUAUAUUGCUGUUCCUUCAAUGUCACUAGGUAAAAAUGCUGGAACUCCUUCCAGAAUGAUAUUGUGGGUCACAGAGAUUUACAGGAUUGGAAAAUGUACUUUGACCCAUCACGUCAGUGCUGGCCAGAAAUAGCUACUUAGCUACUUAUUCUAACUCAUUUUUCAGCACUUGGCCCUUGAUCUUGCACUCCUCGGUUCAAAAGUGCGCAUCUAAAUACUUCUUAAAUGUUAUGAGGGCUUCUGCCUCUGCUGCCCAUAGAGACAUGAUUUCCAGAUUUACAGCAAUUUAACGGUAAAAAGAUUUUCCUCAAGUUUCCUGUUAACCUUUGGCCCCUUACCUUAAACCUGUGGCUGUGAUAUUUAUCUCUCCAUCUAGUGGAAAGAUUUCUAAUUUAGUUCAUCUAUGCCCCUCAUAAAUUUAUACAUUUCAUUCAUGUUCCCACUCAAUCUCAUUUGCUGUAAGGAAAACAACUUCAGUCUGUCCAAGCUCUCUUCAUCUGAAACUCUCCAGCCUAGGCAACAUGCUAGUAAAUCUCCUCUGCACCCUCUCCAGUGCUAUCAUUAUCCUCCUACAAUGUGAAUUCCAAACUUGCACACUGUACUCUAGCUAUGGCCUAACCAACAUUUUAAACAGCUUCAUCUCCCUGCUCUUAAACUCUGUGUCUCAGCUAAUAAAGUGUACCAUAUGCUUUUUUAAUCACUUUACUCAUCUGCCCUGAUAGCUUAAGGGACCGGUGGAUGUACGCACCAAGGUCUCUCUGAUCUUCAGUGCUUCCCCGGUUCUCCUAACAGCACAUGGUCUAUAGUGGUUCUAGGAGGCAGCUCACCACCACCUCCUCAUGGGCUACUAAGGGUGGGCAAUAAAUUCAGGCCCAGCCAGGGACACCCACAAUCCUGAAUGAAUAAAAGAGUUUGAUAAUGCUAGGUAUGAAGAAAUGAACACCGUGUCUGAACAAACACGUUUUACUCUCCUUAAAAUAUUUCCUUCCCCAUCUAGAUAUUUCUGAGAAAUGCAUAGAGGUAAAUAUUUAACACGCCGUUCUAAUAAAGACUUAGGAGAGAAACACAUGCAGCCAGAUAUACCUAAGGACAUCUUGCAUAUAUAAUGUUUUGAGAGAUUAAUUAAAUUAUUAUCCAAUAUCUGCAGUUAUUAUGAUUGUUUUACUGUCACCUUUUUGAUGUUUCUAUCAGCAGAGACAUGUAGGACGAGAAUGGUGCAGUCAGUCCAUGCCAGAACAAAGCAUUAUAAAGGGCAGUGGGGUGGGGUCUGGGGAGGUGUUCAAAGUAUUAAUGCACUAUUACAAAGGAAAAACAUUAUUGACUUUCAGCUAUCAUGUCCAGCCUCAUGAAAUCAAUCAAAUUAUGGUUUUGACCAAAGCACCUGCUGUCAGAAAAGUAAUGGAAUGAGGCAACUUGAAAGCAAGAGAAACCUGUGGGUUUCACUGCCGUUAGCUCUUUUAUUUUAAAGAUUGUUUCUGGAAAUAGUAUUGAAUCGCGGCAGGUUCAGUUUUGUUUGCAGUGAAAAGCUUUGGUGAGAAAGGCAGUGGGGAGCAAGGCAGAGCAGAGGAACAAUGACGGCACAACAUCGAGGGCCGAAGGGCCUGUACUGUGCUGUAAUGUUCUAUGACGGGGUGUGGCAGUAGGGAGCAGGGCAGAGCGACAGGUCUAUCGGGAGCAAGGUGAUGCUGUAAGAUGAAGGAUGAGUCUUUAAGGACUGUGGGGGCAAGGUGAGGCUGGAGGUAACUGGGGAGUUGACUGGGGCUGGAGGAAGGUAUGAGUGUGGGCAGGGCCACAGAGUGCUCUAUGGUAAUAAGAAUCUGGACUUGAUGAAUUCAAUUUUUGUCUGACAAUCUUAAACAGAUGUAGCCAAUCACUGUGGAUUAAGGUUCUAUUUGUUGUUCUUAGUGAGUUAGUUUUUUUUUUCUUAGAAUCCUUUCUAUAAACUGAAUGGAACCAUGCAAGAGGACCAAAACAGUGUUUAAUAUCUGGGUAUCUAAUUAAACAAAUCAGAGUAACAGUCACAACAGUAAUGAAAGGAUUUUUUUUCAGUAAACUCAUUCACUUGAGUUCAUUAAUGUGUUACCUGUCUGUUGAGCGUUGAAACAAUAAUUGCAGUUCUGCUUCACAAUGCCCUCGAACUCAGUUAGAUUGUGGGUCUUGAGACAUAAAAGUCCCUUCAAGAUAGGAUAUGAUUUCGUCCAUUACAUAGGGGUGGAACAAAUCAAAUAUUUCAGCUGUGCAAAAUAAUAGAUAUUGUUUUGGGAAUGCAUAAGAAUGGUUAACUGGGAGGGGGGAAAUGAGAAUGGACAUGCUGCAAAUACAGUGGAGUCUGUUUUUGAAUUAUGCCGAAGCAUGAAAUCUGAAAGCAGCUCCCUGAUCCCAGAUAAAUCAAGAUUCAAUGUACAAAUUCUUUAACGUAAAGAUUAACAGCUUAAGGAACAUUUAAGAUGUAGUUGUGUCACUGAAAUCUGAGGAAACAAUGUUGUCAAGCUUAACAGUUUGUGAGUUCAUUAUUAUCAUGAUGAGCUUAAAAAAUAUGCAUAAAGUAUUGUAUUUCUAAAACGAGUGCACAAGCCAGAAUGAGAGUCAUUCGAAUUACUUUCUAAUGAGAUGCUUUUUGUAUUCAUAAAAUAAAAUUUCCAGUUUCAAGGGCAGCCAUGAGCAAGAAUUGUUUACCAUUGAUUUUGAUGUGUUUAAAUGAAACAAUAAAGCAGAGCACUGCAGUGGGACUAUGCACUUAUUGGGUAUUUAUUAUCUGAUAGAAUAGAAGAUGGUAGGAGAACCUUGUUUAAACUACACAACGUUUUAUACUAUGGUAAUACAAAGCCUAAUGGAAGCACAAUGGGUAGAAAGGGAGAAAUCCUGACUCUUGCAUCUUAGAGGUGACAAGUGCUGUGAAAAUGCAAUUUACAGAAGGUGAUGUAUUUAAAUGUAUAUAGAUGACCAUAGUGCUUUUUCUAUUGAUAGAUUUUGAAUAUUUGCUGUUGGAAUGGCAUAUUGUGUAAUGGAUCAGGUUUUCAUUGUUCACAGCUGGCUUUCAGCAUGUAUUAUAUGAAAAAGAGUAUUGUUCUAUCUUUUAAUAUUUUGUAAAAUUGCAGUUUCUAUCAAGUCAUCAGAUUUUAGAGCACCCAAUUCUUUGUUGUAUGGCCAAAAGAUCUUCCGGUGUCUGUAUAUAAUUUGCGCAAUAUAUUUUGCAUGUGUGGCCUAUUGCUAUUACCUAAACCAUUGUAUAUAAUGUAUAUUAUGUAGAAAUCACUUUUAUUGUAACAUCAAUAAU